AUGACAACCAACAUCCCCGAGAUCAUCUUGCUCUGCCAAGACGCAGACUUCAUCGCAGCUUUCAAUGCAGCCCAGCAGGAGCACUGGCCCGAGCUACCAACCAAAGUCAAGAUCACCCCAAUCAACUCGCGGCUCAACCGCCUCGACCCCUCAGUGACUUUCGACCUGGUCGUCUCGCCCGCCAACUCCUACGGCCGUCUAGAUGGAGCCUUUGAUGAUGCCAUCUCGCGAGCCUUCAGCCCGCGCGAUGACUAUAACGCCCUGACACGCGCAGUGCAGCUUGUUCUGUACGAGAACUGGCGCGGCUUCGCGCCGCCAGGCACAUGCACACUUGUGCAGUUUCCUGCAUCGCUGAAGCAGAAUUCUCGCAAUUGUGCCUGGGUGGCGAUCUGUCCCACUAUGCGAGAGCCGACUAAUGUCUCCUGGGAUCGGGAGGUUGUCUAUGAGUGUGUCUGGAGUCUGUUCUGUCAGGUUGAGCGCCAUAAUCGGACCUCAGAUCAGAAAAUCAAUAGUCUGUUAAUGACGCCCUUGGCGGCUGGUGUUGGGAGGGUCAGUAAGGAGCGCUGGGCGUCGCAGACGGUGCUUGCAAUGAAACAUUUUGUUGAUGCAGUUGAGCGGCCGGAGAGGUGGAGUCGGCUGGAAUGGAGUGAGAUUUUCGACGAUUGUAGUGAGGUUACGACGACGUGGAAGAAUUGA